AUGGUAGCAGAAGUUGUACUUGGUUGUUGUGAAUAUGGCAACCAGUCUGCGUUUGAACUUAUGCAGUCGUAUUAUGCAGAGCAUGUCCGCGCAGUAUCACGUGAAAGUGAUUUUGUGGAGGCAGCAUUCCAAACUGCCAUCGACAAUAACCAAACUGCUAUAAUCAAGACACUUAUUAGAAAGCUGAACCUUCAGAAUCAACACCGAAGUAUUGACUUCAACAGAAUGUUCAUAAAAGCUGCUGAAAAGGGUUUAAAAGAAAUCGUUGAAUCACUGAUUGAUUUUGCAGUUGUGGUAAACGUGAGAGAUGAAAAAGGUUGGACUGCUUUGCACUUUGCAAGCCUUCAAGGAAAUAUUGAAUUAGUCAAACUAUUGCACAGGAGAGGAGGUGAAAUAAACGGAUGCACUUUUGAUGGAUUAAGUCCAUUACAUCUGGCAGUCAGAGGUUCAUUAAUUGCUUUGAUGAGAAUACUGCGGUCAAGAGGAGCUAAUGUUCAUCUACUAAGACGGGAUGGGAAAUCGUUAUUGCAUACAGCUGUGGAAACAGGCAACCACGAAGUCGUUCGGGAAGUUAUUUCGUAUGGCGUCAGGAAAAAUCUGAAAACAAAUACGAAGGGACAAACAGCGCUUCACUUGGCAGCUGCCUCAGGACAUUGUGACAUCAUAACCAUGUGGAAACAGAGGUUUAAUUUCAUGCUGGAUCGGGACAAGGAUGGCAACACGCCCUUGCAUUUGAUAGUGGAAACAGGAUCUCUUAGAGCAGUUAAAUCUGUCGAAAGUGCUCUGAAUAUGUUCAGUGCACAUAUCAGAAACCAGGCUGGUUUUGCUUUGAUACAUACAGCUGUUCAUAGAGGCUAUAAGGACAUUUUGGAAUUGUUACUUAAACAUGGGUGUUCUGUCGAUUUCAAAGGUCCCAAUUCCCUUACAGCAUUACACCUGGCAGUAAUAGGGAACCAUAAGCAGAUCUUUAAGUGUGUUUUACAGAACAAAGCAAGUGUCAAUAAAACGUGUGGGUCUGGUUAUGCACCUAUCCAUUAUGCUGCAGAAAAAACAGAUGAUUACUUCGUGAGAGCCCUCUUACGGUAUGGUGCAGAUAUUAACAUGAGACGUUCUCACAGAGACAGUAAAGGGGAGACUGCACUACACAUUGCUGCGACGAAUGGUUUGAAGCAAAAUGUUCUCACACUCAUAGGGCAGGAGCAAACGAUUUGA